UUUUAUGGUGAUUAUCGUGCAAAUUAAUUACCCAAUUUCUACGGGCUACGUAUUUGAUUCAUAUUUUGACAAUGAUCAAAAGUAUGUCUAGAUUUUUAAGAUGGAAAUCUGAACUUAUCUCCGUUAAAUCUUCCACAAAUCCUAUAUUUAGACACAAUUACACUAAUUUUGACCACUUUAUAUCUGUAAUUUCGAACUGA